CAACUAUGCCAGUGUUUCUGUCAUUUGUUUUGUCCAGAGGUUUUAGGAGCUCUUCUGUCUGUUAUGUCCAUCUGGACUGUGACGGCGGUUCUCGUUCUCGUUGCUGUUCAGAGGAUCAUCAGUGAUGAUUAUGAGAUACACAGUGACGUCAUGAUGAUCACAGCUGGAUGUGCUGUAGCACUCAACAUCUUUUUGGCUUUCAUUCUCCAUCAGUCUCCGGGCCGUCACUCUCACAGCUCUCUCAGUGUUUCGGGUCAUUCUCACAGCCUCACGGAAGAGCACAGAAACACCAGCGUGAGGGCUGCUUUUAUUCAUGUGCUGGGGGAUUUACUGCAAAGUUUAGGUGUGCUGCUGGCUGCCACUAUCAUCUACUUCAGGCCUGAAUGGAAAAUAGCAGAUCCAAUUUGUACUUUUCUGUUUUCAAUACUUGUGCUCGGAACAACAUUCACCAUCCUGAAAGACAUAUUCAGAAUACUCAUGGAAGGAGCCCCGCACGGCAUUGACUUUGACUCUGUGAAUGACGUUCUGCUGGCAGUGGGCGGAGUCAAAUCAACACACAGUCUGCGCAUGUGGUCUUUAACUGCGAGUGAAACACACCUCUCAGUUCACGCGGUCAUAGAUGAGCAAACCAGCCCACAGACUGUGCUUAUGGACAUGACCAAAGUACUCCAGCUAGAAUAUGGAUUCAGCAAUAUCACUGUUCAAACGGAGUCUUUUUGCUUACAGUGCCAUGAACCGAUUGACUGACAUAAGAUUUUAGCUUCUCAUUUCACAGGUUGAGUGUAAUAUACUUUUUAGUUUUUUAAGGCACACGUUUUUGUUAUGGACUGUACUGUGCACAGUACUGUGAUUAUGAAGUGUUCAAAAGGCAAGAUGUAAAGAAGCUUUAUCUGAGAACAUGCUUUUUUUAGACACAAACUGUGACAUGUUUGCCAACAUUUUGUUUAUCAAACAAUGUGGUGAGAAUUUGAAUGAAAAUAACUGUUUCAAAACCAGCAUAAGCCUCUUAUCCUUUUGUUUUCCAUGCAAGAAAGUAAAACCCAUGUGUGUUUAGAACAUGCAGACUGUAAAAGAAAUGAAAAGAGGAACUUUAGAAGCUUAAGAACUACUUGAGCGAUCAGUAAAUGAGUUCAAACAAUGACAGAUUUUGGCUGAUGUCGUCUUGACGAUUUAGGUCAUAUUUGGUUCUGUGAAUUCAAAUGUAUAUUUUACUCAAAAUUGAAAUGCAAAACUACGGAGGCGUAUUGCAUUCACUUGAAGAAAA